AUGACUGACGUCGCAGACGGAGUAUCACUACUAGCCUAUGUCACUGGCACUGUCCCUACUCCAGCUGAGACUGCUCCUGCCCCUGAACGAGCACAGUGGGAGCUCCGCGACGCAGUCGCACGCCUUGUUAUUCGCAAUCACCUACCGAUCUCUGAGCGCGCGCAUUUCAACCAGCUUAAGACUGCCAAGACGCUGUAUGAUGCUGUCGUUGCCCGCUAUUCCGCCCCGGCCACAGCCACCGUUGGUAGUCUCAUCCUGCCAUACCUGUUCCCAGACUUAGCCUCGUUUCACACUGCUGCCGACCUUAUCACUCACCUCCGCGCUAGUGACGCCCGCUUUCGAGCCGCUCUUACCGCCGAGUUCCUCGCCACGAACACCCCCCCGCUGUACUUCACCCUCUACAUCCUCGUCACCCGCCUCCCUGACACUCUUCGCUCUGUCAGGGAUUACUUCCUUGCCAAGGAUCCUCCAACUAUCACUCUGGACGACUUCGAGCAGCAGCUGGUCGCAGCAGAGAAGAACAUCCUCGCUGUCGGUGCUGCUCGUGGCACUCCCCGCACUCCCCUCUUUGAGGGGUGCUCCCCCUCCCCUCUUGACCCCUCCUACGCCUCUGCUGCUACUGCUGUCGACUUCCUCGGUGCGGAGAAGGUCGCAGCGGCUUCCACUCCUGGUGGGAAGCGUGGUGGUGGCAGGAGCGGCAAGGGUGGCAGGGGUGGCGGAGGUGGCGGUGGAGGGAGCGGUGGUGGAGGCGGCGGGGGUUGUGGAGGUGGUGGGGGUGGACGUGGGGGUGGAGGCGGUGGGUGGGGUGGCGGCAGGACCGGGGGCGGUGGAGGCGGCGGCGGCGGUGGUGGGGGAGGAGGCAGCGGCAGUGGCGGUGGAGGUGGGAGUGGGGGUGGAUCUGGCCAGAAGGGUGGCCAGCAGCAGCAGCAGCUUCCUCCCCUCACCUCCCAGCAGCUCAAUGACUGGUAUGCUGGGCGUGGGGCGUCUCGGGGUUCUGACCGCUGCCCCUAUGUCAUUCGUACUGGCCCCCGCAAGGGUCGCCCCUGCAACGGUUUUCACACUGAGUAUCGUUGUUUUGCCAGGCUUAGUGACGCCUGGCGUGCCAAGUAUCCUGAUGCUACUGAGUUCCCCAACUGGGCCGAGCUGCUUAGGCGUGAUGUGCCUAUCUUUGAUCUGGACUAUGAUGUUAUUCUUGCUGCUAUGUAUGCAUUGACUGUUAGUGCUGAGGGUGACUGCUACUUGUGUGUGCCGCCUGAUCCUGGUAUUGACCCUAGUAUAAGGGCUGCAGCCCUAGGUGCUAGUGAGUCUGCUCCCCGUGGUACUGAGUCGACUCAGGCCUUGCACACGUUUACACUUGACUCUGGUGCUUCCCGCUGUUUCUUUCGCGAUAGCACCACCGUCACUCCCCUCCCUGCACCUGUCCCUGUCUCACUGGCUGACCCCUCUGGGGGCCCAGUGCUUGCACGAGCCACGACUGUGCUCUCGUGCCCGGCGGUCCCGUCUGGUGAGCUGUCAGGUCUCCACGUUCCCUCGUUCUCUACGAACCUGGUGAGCAACGCCGUCCUCCAGGAUCACUGGGUUGACACCUGGACUCCUGGAGGGCAGCGUGUGGCGAUCUGCACGUGCUCCAAGACUGGCCGCCAUAUGGCCACGUUCACUCGUGAGCCGGGGUCUAGUCUGUACACCCUCACCACUGUUUCACGCUCCACUCCUUUGUCUCCUCAGCUGUACGCGUCUGCCCAGGUAGCUACCCAGUGUGAGUGCCGCCGCCUGUCGCACGACACGCUUCUGUGGCACCACCGCCUUGGUCACCCCUCCCUUCCUCACCUUCGUGGCAUGCACUCUCGCUCCCUAGUCUCUGGGCUUCCCAGGUCUCUGCCUGCCCUCCCUCCCUCGCCUGCGCCGCCCUGCAUUCCCUGCGUCGAGGGGCGACAGCGCGCCGCUCCUCACUCCUCCUCGUUUCCUCCCACAGAGGCUCCCCUGCAGACGCUCCACCUGGACGUGUGGGGCCCAGCCCGCGUCCAGGGACAGGGCCGUGAGCGGUACUUUUUGCUGGUUGUCGACGACUACACGCGUUACACCACGGUCUUCCCCUUGCGCAGCAAGGGGGACGUCCCUGCUGUUUUGAUCCCCUUGCGCGUCCGCGCUGUGCGUCUCCAGCUCCGCGAGCGGUUUGAGCGGGACUUCCCUGUCCUGCGUCUGCACUCUGACAGAGGUGGUGAGUUCUCCUCUGACCUCUUGGCAGCCUUCUGUGCGGAGCACGGCAUUACCCAGUCGUUCACGCUUCCGGCCUCUCCGCAGCAGAAUGGGGUUGCUGAGCGCCGCAUUGGCUUAGUCAUGGAGGUCGCUCGUACCUCCAUGAUCCAUGCGGCGGCUCCCCAUUUUCUGUGGCCGUUCGCGGUCCGGUACGCCGCGCAUCAGCUCAACCUCUGGCCCCGUGUCUCCUUGCCGGAGACCUCGCCCACGCUGCUGUGGACGGGGGAGGUUGGUGAUGCGUCGCGUUUCCGGGUCUGGGGUGCUCGUGCGUUUGUCCGCGAUCUCACCGCGGACAAGCUCUCUGCUCGCGCCGUUCCCUGCGUCUUCCUUGGUUUUCCUCCUGACGCGCCUGGCUGGCAGUUUUACGACCCCACCUCGCGCCGUGUCUUUGCGUCUCAGGACGUCACCUUUGACGAGUCUGUUCCCUUCUACCGUCUCUUUCCCUACCGCACUGCCUCUCGCCCCCCCCCGCCGCUCUUUCUCGCUCCAGGUCCUCCCCAGGUAGACCCCCUCCCCGCGCCAGGUCCUGCUCCUUCAGGUGUUUCUCAGGUAGACCCUCUGGUACCUGCGCCGAUUGAGGUCACUGGUGACUCAGGUCCUGCUGGAGGUGGUCCUGCUCGGGGUGCUGUCUCUGGGGGUGCUGAGCCUGGGGGUGCGGAGCCUGAGCGAGAGGCGCCUAGAGGUGCUGAGCCUGGGGCCUACGCGUGA